AUUAUUUCUUGACCACCACUAUAUUAAAAUCGAAAGCUUCUUUGUAGGGAGUGUGUUUUAAGUCUUUUUAACCGAAAAUCUGUUGGAAAAUGAGUCGCGACAGCGAUGCUAGAGUGUUUCUUGGUCGUCUACCUUACCGUAUUCGAGAAAGCGAUAUCGAAAGGUUCUUUAAAGGCUACGGAAGGAUCCGUGAUAUUAAUGUAAAAACCGGCUUCGCUUUCGUUGUGAGUACACGUUUUAUAUGUUGUAUAUCGAUUUAUUUUUCUGUAGUUUUUGUGCUAGAUCGCUGAAUGCUUGACUGAAUCCUUAUGGUUACUAUCUGAAGUAGCGUUUUAGCGCAUAUUUUGCUUCAGAUCGCAGUAAUUUUAACAUUUUGAGGCAAUUUUUUGUAUGAAAAAAAAUUUGUAUAAAAAAUUUAAUUAGUAUGCAACUGUACUUGUAUGGGCUUUUAGGGAUAUUUAGGGGUAAAAUUGGUUAUAUUUAGGAUAUUAGAUUAGGGGUUAUUAGGGUGUUAUAGGAUAAAAUAUGGAUAACAUUGGUAUUGACGUCUACAUUUACUGCGAAAAUUAAUUUUGUGUUCGUAACAUCAAAUCAUCAGCUCGUAACAUCAAAUCAUGUGCUCAAAUAUUUUAUUACCUCACAAUUUUGGUAGAUUUUUUCUUACCGUAACUCUUGCAACUUUUUCAAAAACCUAAAUCCUCCCAUUUUCAAUCCUUUUGACCGGUUUCCAUUACCAAAAUAAGUGCUAUCUCAUAUCCCGUAAAAACCAUUGUGAGCUGUCUUCUUGGAUAGCAAGUAAGAUAGUUCUUUGCCAAACUCUAGGCAUUCGAAGACUAUAGAGAUGCUGAGGAUGCCGUCCAUGAUCUGAAUAACAAGGACCUGUUGGGUGAAAGGUAUAUUGGAAACUAUCACAAUCCACACUAAUUCCAGUUAGAAACUUGGUGAAAUAUAAGAGUGGGGAUAAUACGUUGCUUCAAAACAUUUGUAGCCUUGGUUUAGUGUAAAUUUUCUUAAAUACCGGUACUAUUAGGCAAGUAUCAGGCUUUUAUUGCUGAAAAAAGUCAUUGUAGCUUCAUAGUUGCCUUGUUAGUUAGCCAUGCAGGAAUGACUAAGUAUUUUUAUAAGAUAGAAAACAACAGUGAUAGAUGAGGCCUAUACAUUCAAGAUGUUUAAAAUAUAUUGCAUAUAGAAUAUAAUUGAACAUGCCUUGCAACAGUGCAUCUAUGUGCUAUUUGCACGACUCUUUAUGUCAACAGUAAAAUCAUGACUACAAGCUUAUGAAGGCUACAAACUUGUGAAUACUGCUAAUUAUAAGUCCAUGUACAAUUGUGCCUCUACUUCUCCAAUCCUACCAGAGUGACAGUAGAACAUGCGAAACCAGACCGAUCCCGAGGAUACAGAGGUGGUGGUGGCGGCGGCGGUGGUUAUGGUGGGGACAGACGUGACUAUGGCAGACGAGAUGGUGGUAACAGUUUCCGAGACAGGUUAGGAUUUAGAUGGUCAAAUAUUGACACGUCAAGAAGACGGAACUAAUCUACAUUUUCCUGAGUUCACUAUAGACAUCUGGUGUACCUUAACUUAUACCAUGGUUAUUUGGGUGUUUUAUUGCAUUACACAUCUUACACCUUGUUCCCUAUGACUGUUUUUUUAAAGCAGGUAUGGUGCGCCGUAUAAUACAGAAUGGAGAGUGGUUGUUGACAACUUGUCAACCAGAGCUGGCUGGCAGGUGAGAAAUACAACUGAAUUAGUUCUAUUGGGUCAUUCCGGAAAACAUCCAUGCCUCCCCCAUCAUGGCAGAAAUUUCCUCCGUGGGGGGAGUGUUUAUCUUUUCUAAAAUGACCCAUUCACAAAUUUCGAUAUUAACAACCACAAUGAUUGCUUAUCCAGAAACUAUGCCUAACCAUUAUUCAAAUCCUAUCCAUUCCCUCUAAUCUAGCCUAGUGGCAUAAUUUCUGGACAUUUAAAAUAUGGCCCAUAUAAUUCCAACACGUAUUCCAUCAUUAGUAAAUUUAUAUACAUAUAUAAUUCAGGAAGUUUACUUUUUAUACCAAACAGGUGCUAUCGUGUAUAUGUGGUCUUCUGGCUUACAAUACAUAGGCUAGUGAUGGUUUAUUAGAGCAAAGUAAAAUAUAUAUUUGGCUGCUUACAAUGGUGAAAAAUUGGCAUGGCUGUGGUCAUUUCAAAAAGCCUUGGCAUACAGUGUUCAUUGGCCUCACUCUCGGAAUGUUCUAAAUUGGCCCAAAUUAGUUCAGUUAUAAUGUAUCUAUCAUUGGCUGUGUUGAAAUGGCUGCCUGCCGAGACCAAAAGUUUUGGCAGGUUGAGGUCCGGAAAGGGAUAUCCCUUCUUGGCCCAGAUGCUAUCUCCGUGGCCUUUGGCACUUGGUUUAAAAAUUGGCUAAACUCUGGUAAAAUAUGGCUUGGCCUUCUCACAGUCUUCUAAAAUCUGGAAAUGGCUUUGGCCCUCGCCACUAGUUACUCUGGCUUGGCUUUGGGUGCUUUAGCUUUCCAACAAAAUCUUAUUGCAUGUAAUUGGUACUAAAUGCUUUCUUUUUGUAGAAAGGUAAGAUAAUGUGGUAAAAUCUCUUGGGUUGGUUGUUCAAAGCUGGAUUAGCAUUAAAUUUAAAGUGGAAGUCAAGUCUGUUCUGUGCAUCAGUUCUGCUCAUAACAAUGUGAGGACCCUCUGAUGUAAACAUUGCCCAAAUUUCGAAUUUUUCUGAACAUAAAGUCUAUUUCAUAUUCGUUUAGAAUCAUAGCGAACCAAAAUAGUGUUAGAUAUUCAGACAGUACAUCAUAUUUAAAAAAAUACAGCAGUUCAAAAUGUAAACAAACCAUUUGUUUACAUAUGGACUUGACUUCCACUUUAACCUGUUGUUUUAGUUUGUGUAUUUCUGCAUGCAGGAAAGAAAACUCCUAUUGAUCCAGCCAAGAUUUCUGAAGAAAUAUUUUCCAAAUUGAUAAACAAGUUGUUGCCUGUUGGGGAAGUUUGCUUUGAAUUUUACGUAACCCUGGGAUUAAGCUGACCGGCUUUGGAACAACUGACCCAUGUAGGAUAUCCAUUUGUAGUGUGCAAAUUAUGUCACUGUCCCCUAUGUAUGUUGAAUGAAUUUCACAAAAUGAUUUUGCCAGUUUGGUACCGGUAAUUCAAAUGUCAUCCCUUUCAAGAGGUUGAUUUGUUAGCCUUUUAAAAUUACACUGGAAUAUUUUAUUUCGUGACAGGAUUUGAAAGAUUACAUGAGGCAGGCUGGUGAAGUGACGUUCACUCAGUGUCACAAAGACCGUGCCGGACAAGGGUAGGUUUUGAUGACUGUAAAAUUAGUUUGAAAAUGUCAACUUCUUCAGCCUGUUUUGCAGUCCAGGGGUGGAAAAAUAGGCGAGCACUGCUCGCAGGAAAUGUUAAACAGCUGCAGGAAAUUUGUUUGAAUGAAGAUUUGCUAUUGAAAAUUUGAAGGAAACCUUAACACCCAUGUCCCACUAUGGGCGCAACAACAUACUGUAUCGUUGACAGACAUUAUUCCUUGAAUUUAAAACCAUGGUCAGCUGAACAUUACAGGUUUAUGCACAUGCAGAUUUAGCACAAAAAUACUCCUUUGGUCUGCAGGAAAUUUUGGUCUCCAGGUCGUUGUGCUCCCAGGAAGAAAAUUCUUUUUUUCUUGCCCUGGUUUACAUUAUCAACGUUUCUGUGAUCACAGUAGGAAUUUUGCACGGAUAAAUUCGAAGGAUUUGUAAGAAUUUUUUGAGCAAACUGACUUAAUGUUAAAGACAGAGUCGGUUCCCUCAAGUCCUUCAAAACUUAGAAUUUAUCUAUGCAAAGUUCUUACUGUGAUCACAGAGACUUUGAGAGUAUAACCCAGGCUUAAUAGACAAUUCCCAUUAUAGACUAAUUUUAAAACUAGGCAAGGAGAUGCAAAUAAAUCACCACAGCUAGAAAGAGCAUACAAAAAUGAUUGAUUGCAAAAUUUGGUCGCUAAAUGUUGUAAAAUGCGGAAAGUAUAGCCUUGCAAAGUUUGCAAAUUUUGUAUACUUUUGUAUUGCGUGCGGAAAUUACUACCACAUUUGGGCCGAAAAUGGUAUAGCUAUUUCCGCACGCAAUACAAAAGUAUACAAAAUUUGUAAGGCUAUAUUUUCCGCAUUUUACAACAUUUCGCAACCAAAAUUUGCAAUUUUACUCAUUUUAGUAUGCUCUUUCUAGCUGUGCUGAUUUAAUUUGCAUCUCCUUGCCUAGUUUCAAAAUUACUGUAUAAUGGAAAUUGUCUAUUGGAUGGGAAAGUUUCACAAGUUGAUCAGUCUGUUGAUGGCCAUGUUUAUUUCCUCAGCGUUGUAGAUUUUGCUUGUGAAGAAGACAUGAAGAAAGCGAUCAAGAAGCUUGAUGGAACAGAACUGAUGGGAAGACGUGUUAGACUAUCCGAGGUACUUUGAGAUUUUAUACCCAGAUUUAUAAAAAUUAAAAAACUCGCAUGAGUUGUGCCAUUUCUCUGAUGUAUGUGACGGCAUUGUUUCAGGGUCGCGGCGUCAGUGGCGGAGGAGGAGGAGGAGGCGGAGGACGCAGACGUUCCAGAUCUCGCUCGCCAAGAAGGUAUCUAUAAAACAUCCAGUGUGGAAAGCAUCCUAUGAGGGACCGGUCAUUAUUUAUGGCAAGGGAUGGCACCGAAGAAAAAUGUUUUUCUUGAUAAAAAAAUUGCUUAUCCAACCAUUAAAAAGUUUGCCCAACUUCUCAAAUUGAAUUAUUGAAAUUAAAAAAAAUUCCCACCCCACAAAAACUUUACAAAAGGAUACCAUUCAGUUGUCACACAUGUCCUUUAACACUUCUGUGACGUAAGUAUGAGCAAUUUUCUGCAGUCUAAAGUUUCGUGUUGUUGCCUCCUGACAAAUGUCACAAAUCUAAAGGUAAUCAAGAAAGUGACUCUGAUUGAAUUUACAUGUUGUAUUGACAUGUGACUGUUGACACUGCUUUUUAGUCUUCAAUAUUCGAAUGAGUCGUGUUUUGGAAAUAACAAUAAAUGUUUAUUACCCAACCCUUGAGUUGUUUUGUUUUUCAUUUACCCAACAUUUUACUCACUCGAAAUUUUGUUUAUCCAACCCUUUUCUCUUCGGUGCCAACCCCCCACCAAUGGACAAAUACGAUGGACAUUGCCCUACGACAAAUUUAUUUACCAGCCUCAAAACUAAGAUUCAAAACACUUGUUCACAAGCCUUAAUUUCUACUUACGGUACUUCCACAUUUCAAACUAAAACCGCGACGAACUUUUGUCCAGUGAUCUGUAAUAAACUACGUGCAAUCAUUCUUUCAUUUUAGAGCAUCUCGUUCCCCCCGUCGCAGCCAAUCGCGUUCCCCCCGACGAUCUCGUUCUCGCUCCCAAUCCCCCCGUCGUCAAUCCAGAUCACCCUCGCCUAACCGUGGCUCGCCACAACGAUCUCCUCGCCGCUCGACGUCGCCUGUCACCCGUGAAGACGGUGGAGUUUAAUCAACCGCUUUACCUUUGUUAGAUAAGCAACAUAGUGCAAAUUUUUUAUCGAGAACCAUGUCUCGCACAUAGAGAGGACAUUAUUGUGUUCAUAUUUUUGUCUUGACAUGUUUUUAGUGAUUUUCCCACGCGAAAAAGAUCAUUAGUUCAACUUCAUAUUUAGCAAAUACCACGACUAGAACAAACUUUUAGAGAAGAAGUAUGGUCUAAAAAUUGUAAUUUAAUAACAUGGUGUAUAGUA